GAAAAGAUGAAAGCUAUUGCAGAAAAAGGCAAAAAAAAAAAGGCAAUACAGACCAGAAGCAUGAAAAGGAAAACAAGAAAAGUAGUGAAGGGAAAAGGUAAAUCUGGCGAGGGAACUUCUAAAAGAAGAAAGAAGAUUGAGAUGGAAUUCAAAAGUGAUGAGGAAACAAAGAGUGAUGAAGGCACUGAGAGUGAGGAUGAAGAAGAUGAUUCAAGUGAUAGUGGAAGAAAAGCAGAGAAAUAUAUUAUGUUCAUGAGCAAACAUAGUAACAGUAUGCAAAAAAGUAUGAGGAAACAAGCUAAGGAGACUGCCAGACUAGUGGCAGAAAUGAAAAACAUUAAGCAAACUCAGAAAAAGCAGGAAGAUCUUUUAAAAGAAGUUCUACUUAUUGUCAAACAGAUGUCACAAGGCAGUGAUAAAGGUGAAGAUGAGGACACAAGAGAAAGAACAGAGAAAGUUGAAAAGAAUGAAAGUCCAGAAAAAGAAGAAAAUGUUAAUGAAAAAGAAGAUGAUGACAUGACUGGGCAAGAUUACGAGAAUGAUGAGGAACCUAGGCUAAAGGAUGAUGAUACUGCUGACAUUCAUGUGCAAGAGGAGACUGAGUACAUUGCUGCACAGACUGAGGAUGAUAUUUUACAUAUUGGGGAUGGUGGUGCAAAAAAUGAGGAUGCUGUUCUAGAUAAAGAUGUUGUAGAGACCGAGCACAAUGAAGAUGUAGUUUGUGACAUGCCUACGUUUAACAUAUUGAGUCAGUCUCAAGAGAUGGACAAAACUGCUGAAUCUUGUUGGGGGAUGGGGUCACAGGACAAUAGUCAAUUUGUCAAAGAGAUUUGCAAAACUGCAGAUGAAGUGGCCAAAAAGGCUUUUGAGAGCUAUUCUUCCAAUCCAUGUACAACAAUCAUAGUGAAGCCUAAUCAGGAACAAGAGGAUCUUCCCAAACAAAAGCGUUUUGCUAGGUCACCAGUGAAGUACACUCCAUCUGAGCAUUCGCCAAAGAGGAGGAAGAGAGAAAAGGGUAAGAAAAGAGCUGACAAUGAAUUUUUGCCUCCACUGAAGGAAAUAGUUGGACCUUUCACAGAAGAUCCAACAGAGAGCCCACCAGAUCAUGAAAUAGAGAGGGUGAGAGCAUACCUCCAAGUUGGAUUGUUGAAGAAUUUUCAAAAAAACAAAAAUGGCAGAAGGUACAAAGUGGAAGAAGAAAAAAUGGUUCACAAACCGUUCUUGCUAGACACUAUGAAAGUUGAAUCAAAAACAUGGUUAUAUGACAUGUUUACGAAUCAUGAAUGGAUCACUGACAAGCAUGUUGAGGUAGUAAUGUACUAUUUGGGCAUGAAACGGGUGCAUUACAAACUGCCACAAAACUACAGCACAACUGGGCCUUUUUUCUUGCAAAUACUGAAGCGGGAGCUUGACACUAUAUCAAAGGGGCACUAUACAUACCACAAGUCAGCACAAGAAGAAAACAUUGUUCGUGACAUAAUAGGUGUGAACAACUAU